UGUGUCGCUCUAUUAAUAAUCGCCUCGUACAUCAUCCACUGGAGGAUAUGGAGCUAUUCCAGGGCGGAACCACACGCCACGCCAAUUCAUAACGAAUGGCCUAUAAUAAUAACAAUAUAUAAAUGUUUUUAAAUGAUCAUAGUUGGUGAAAUCAAAUUGAUCAGAAGUAAUGAUAGGGAAUAAUAAGCCCAAAAUUACUAUAAAAGGGUAAUAUUUAGUAGCAAUAAUUUCAGUAUUUCAAGUAAAUUUAUAGUCAUGUUGUUUUUAGUGCGUCUUUUUUACCUUCGUUUGUUUUUAGUGGUCUGUUUUGUUCUUUCAGCAUAUGCACGAACCCCCGAAGAGAUCAAGAAAUGGUUCAUGCAGGUCGGCAUGGAGUGCAACCAAGAGCACCCCGUUAGCCCUGAUGAAAUGGUGAUGUUACACAAACACAAGUUGCCGGACAGUGAGAACGUCAAGUGUCUGUUGGCUUGCGUCUUCAAGAAACCCAAGUGGUUGUCACAAAGCGGGAAGUUCGAUAUUGACGCGGCUGAAAAGAUGAUUGAAGAAGAAUACGGAGGCGAUACGGAGAAGAAGGACAACAGCAAGAAACUAUUUGAUACUUGUCGUUCAGUUAACGACGAGGCAGUCACAGACGGUGACGCUGGUUGUGAGAGGUCGUACCUCUUGACCCAAUGUAUGAUAGAACAUGCGCCCAAGUUCGGGUUCGAUUUGAAACAUGUGACCCUGUGAAUGAGAAGUUAUUAGCUCCACAUAGGUAACCAUUGUAUUUUUUAAUAUUACCAAAAAAUAUUAAAUAUAAUUUAAGUUAUUCUGUCUCUUAUUUAUAGUCAACAGCAACCUGUUCAAAUUAAUUGCAAGAGCCAUUGUUACAUUGCGCUCCGUCCCUCGUGCUCAGGUUGUCUUCUAAAGGUUUUGACCUGACCAUAGAUAAAAUAAUAAAUGGUUUUGACAUUGACGUGCGCUGAUGUACGUCGAAACUCCACACAAUGUCUACGCUGUUCUGCGUUGAUCCGUCAACAACGUCAACGUUAUACACGUUACAACGUUACGUCAACGGCAACAGCGUAACGGAGCAGUGGGGCAUGGCUCUUAGCCGCUGUUAGAACAUGUAAAGAAUACUUUUAGCAUUAAGCCCGCUCUUUGUACCUUUGUACUUGAUAAAUAAAGUUUCAAUAAAUAAAUAUUAACUAGAAAUGUGUUUUUUCGUGGCGCGGUCUAUCAAAUAGUUUACUACAGAAGGCAUAAAGUAUAAACAACUAUAAAAUUGUAUCAAACAUGUUUAUUUAUAAUACUAAAUCACAAUGUGCUGUAGGCCAUUCAAUACAUCAUACAUAGGUACAUACAAUUUCAGUCACAUGGAAUAAACUGGUUUAAAUGGACUUAUCAUCCUGCACUUGAGACGCAAGAUUUGUUCAAUUUUAUUCUUUUAUUUAUUGGCAAAAAAUAAAAGUAAUAAUUUCAUAAUCUAUACAUGUUAUAUAGAUAUU